GAAGGAGGUGAUUGGGCGUGGAAGAUAUCAAAGAAUGAGUGACUAAAGAUGAGGCCAGACAGGGGAGGGUCUGGUAGUAGAGGAGAGUUAGGGAGGCUAGUACUUAUGAAGGACUAUUUAUUAUUUGUGUUUAGAGGGCUCUGUACCUGGCUGAAUUCAGGUGGGGAAACAGGAAAAGAGGCCACUUCCUUCCUGGAUAUUUUAUGAAUGAGAGGCCACAGUUUAACUGGUCUGAGGGAGGCAUAGCUUUGCCUGCAAGCAGGAGAGUGGAUGAAAUGCCUUGGGCAGAGCCAGUCUGCCUGUAGUGCAGCCUCCAACCUUUCUGUGGCUUUAGCAAAAUGGAAACUUCUAAAUUAAAGAUGACAUCGAAGGGACGCAGCCAGCUGGCUCUGGGCUGGUGGAAGAGAGAGCAGACAUAUCCAGGGCUCAGAGCUGGGAGUGGGCAGGAAGUUGGUCUUGGAGACUCUUUCUCUGAAGUUUAUGCUCCUUUUUUAUCCUCACCCCUCUGUUUCCCUUUUGCAAACGCCCAUCUCUUUGCCUAUCCUGGGUCCUAUGACUUUUCUCUCCCUCAACAGUCGGUUCCCGAUUCUGGUCCCCGGCCCCCAGCAGCGCCUGCCCCCUUCCCACCGGGGCCCCCCAUGAUGCCACCACCCUUCAUGCCCCCUCCAGGAAUCCCUCCGCCCUUCCCUCCGAUGGGGCUACCGCCCAUGAGUCAGAGACCACCAGCCAUCCCCCCCAUGCCACCUGGCAUCAUGCCCCCAAUGCUACCACCAAUGGGGUCACCACCACCACUCACACAGAUACCAGGAAUGGUUCCUCCCAUGAUGCCAGGAAUGCUGAUGCCUGCAGUGCCUGUCACCGCAGCGACGGCUCCAGGUGUGGACACCGCCAGCUCUGCUGUGGCUGGGACAGGCCCUCUGAGGGCCCUAUGGAGUGAGCAUGUAGCCCCUGAUGGGCGCAUCUACUACUACAAUGCUGACGACAAGCAGUCCGUGUGGGAGAAGCCCAGCGUGCUCAAGUCCAAGGCGGAGCUGCUGCUGUCCCAGAGUCCCUGGAAAGAGUACAAGUCGGACACAGGCAAACCUUACUACUAUAACAACCAGAGUAAGGAGUCCCGCUGGACCCGGCCGAAGGACCUGGAUGACCUCGAGGCUCUAGUCAAACAAGAGGCUGUAGGGAAACAGCAGCAGCAGCCCCAGACACUACAGACACAGCCUCCUCAGCCACAGCCUGAGCCCCCACCUGCGCCUCCUGGCCCCACCCCACUGCCUAUGAGCCUCCUAGAACCUGAGCCAGGUGGGAAUGAAGAUUGCGAUGUGUCAGACGCUGUCCAGCCCCUGGAGCAGGGGUUCCUGCAGCAGCCAGAGGAGGGCCCCAGCAGUUCUGCUGCACAGCAUCAGCCACCACAACAGGAGGAAGAAGAAUCAAAGCUAGAACCAGAGAGGUCUGGCCUCAGUUGGAGUAACCGUGAGAAGGCAAAGCAGGCCUUUAAGGAGCUGCUGAGGGACAAGGCUGUCCCCUCCAAUGCCUCAUGGGAACAGGCCAUGAAGAUGGUGGUCACCGACCCCCGUUACAGUGCCUUGCCCAAAUUGAGUGAGAAAAAGCAGGCAUUUAAUGCCUACAAGGCGCAGCGGGAGAAGGAGGAGAAGGAAGAGGCGCGACUGAGGGCCAAGGAGGCCAAGCAGACCUUGCAGCACUUCCUGGAGCAGCAUGAGCGCAUGACCUCCACCACCCGCUACCGGCGGGCGGAACAGACCUUUGGGGAGCUGGAGGUCUGGGCUGUGGUCCCCGAGAGGGAUCGAAAAGAGGUUUAUGAUGAUGUCCUCUUCUUCCUGGCCAAGAAGGAGAAGGAACAGGCCAAGCAGCUCCGGCGCCGCAAUAUCCAGGCCCUGAAGAGCAUCCUGGAUGGGAUGAGUAGCGUCAACUUCCAAACCACAUGGUCCCAAGCCCAGCAGUACCUCAUGGAUAACCCCAGCUUUGCUCAGGACCAUCAGCUUCAGAACAUGGACAAGGAAGAUGCGCUGAUCUGCUUUGAGGAGCACAUCCGAGCUUUGGAGAGGGAGGAGGAGGAGGAGCGGGAGCGGGCCCGGCUUAGGGAGCGGCGCCAGCAACGCAAGAACCGGGAGGCCUUCCAGACCUUCCUGGAUGAGCUGCAUGAGACAGGGCAGCUGCACUCUAUGUCCACCUGGAUGGAACUGUACCCAGCGGUCAGUACUGAUGUCCGCUUUGCCAACAUGCUGGGCCAGCCGGGCUCCACCCCUCUGGACUUGUUCAAGUUCUAUGUGGAGGAGUUGAAGGCACGAUUCCAUGAUGAGAAGAAGAUCAUUAAGGACAUCCUUAAGGACCGGGGCUUCUGUGUGGAAGUGAACACAGCCUUUGAGGACUUCGCCCACGUCAUAAGCUUUGACAAGAGGGCUGCUGCGCUGGACGCAGGCAACAUCAAGCUGACCUUCAAUAGUCUACUGGAGAAAGCAGAGGCACGGGAGAGAGAGCGGGAGAAGGAGGAGGCACGAAGGCUGCGGCGCAGGGAAGCUGCCUUUCGAAGCAUGCUGAGGCAGGCCGUGCCUGCUCUGGAGCUGGGCACUGCUUGGGAAGAGGUCCGUGAGCGCUUUGUGUGCGACUCAGCCUUUGAGCAGAUAACCCUUGAGUCGGAGCGGAUCCGGCUCUUCCGGGAGUUCCUGCAGGUACUGGAGACUGAAUGCCAGCACCUCCACAUGAAAGGCCGGAAGCACGGCAGAAAGGGCAAGAAGCACCAUCGCAAGCGUUCCCACUCGCCCUCAGGCUCCGAGUCGGAAGAGGAGGAGCUGCCCCCACCAUCUCUCCGGCCCCCCAAGCGGAGGCGGCAGAACCCCUCCGAAUCUGGCUCUGAGCCCUCUUCCUCACUUGAUUCAUUUGAAAGUGGGGGUGCUGCCCUUGGAGGACGGGGCUCCCCAUCCUCCCGCCUUCUCCUUGGAUCAGAUCAUGGCCUUCGGAGAGCCAAGAAACCAAAAAAGAAAGCUAAAAAGAGAAGACACAAGUCGAACAGUCCUGAGAGUGUGACAGACCCGGAGGAGAAAGCUGGCAAGGAGAGUGAUGAGAAAGAACCAGAACAGGACAAGGACAGGGAGCUCCGGCUGGCUGAGCUCCCUAAUCGCUCCCCAGGUUUUGGAAUCAAGAAGGAGAAGGUGAGAGGCAGGUGCCUGGUCCCAGCCCAGGCAGCGCUCUGUCCAGGCCUCCAUGGCCUUCAGGGGAGGCAGUGGGUGAGCUGUGCCUUUGCUCCCCCAGACGGGCUGGGACACAUCAGAAAGUGAGCUGAGUGAGGGUGAGCUGGAAAGGCGGCGGCGGACACUCCUACAGCAGCUGGAUGACCACCAGUGAACUGACCAGCGGCUCUGCCUUGGGUCUGUGGCUACUAGGUCACCCUCACCGUCUGCCCCAGACUUCUUCCUUAGUCUGGUCUGUGUCCAUUUUUCCUCAAGUAACCCCACUCCCAACACACCAUUGCCAGCACCUGCCAAGGUUGCUCAUGGUGUUCAACAGUCCCCUACUUCCCGGACAACUAGUGCAGUCCUUGCCCUCGGCCCCACGAGAUUGGUGGUGUAUGCCACGUGGGGUGGGUGGUGCCAGUAGAUAGAAUGUGAGAAGGGGCCUCCAGGGAAGUGACAGGCUGGUGGACACAGCCUGGGUGGCAGAGGGCGGGGUCCUUACCCUUUAGCAUCAGUGCCUGCUCCUGCCUGCACGGGGCCCUGGGGCUCCACCACUCCUUCCUCCAGCCCUGGGACCCUGUGUAUGUGUGUUUUGUUUUAUAAAUAACAAUAUUUAUAACAUGGCCAGUGGCUCUUUUGUCUUCAUAUACUACUGGGGUGGGCUGGGGACUGGGCAGGUGCACCCAUGGCCAGCAGGGGGCUCUAGUGCCUAAUGGUAGUGCCUCCCUUUGUGUGCUUAGAGCUCACUAACCUGAUUCCCCUCC